UUUGCACAAUGGGGAAGCAAGUUUUUGAUGCUAUGAAUUCCAAUUUGAAACUUCUAGGUUUAUCUUGUGAAUCAACUUUGGACACCGCACACUGCUAAUAUUGUGUGGCACCCUGCAUCACCCUGGAAAGGAUCUCAAAGCAUACCAGAAUUGAGAAUCACUGUUCUAGCUACUUUCUGUGGGACCUUGUUGUUAAAGAGAAUAGCUUGCAGACUUUCAGGGUAGAGUCUGAAGAGGCAUGGACGUAACCUGAUACCCUUGAAGCGCUCAGAACAGAGAUGAAUUUUGUCAAGGCUUGUUUUUGCUGAAAUAGAUGAAAAAUGGAUGAAUCAGCUUUGUUGGAUUUGUUGGAGUGUCCUGUUUGCUUAGAACGUCUUGAUGCUUCUGCAAAAGUCUUGCCUUGCCAACACACCUUUUGCAAACGCUGCUUGCUUGGCAUUGUGAGUUCUCGAAAUGAGCUUCGAUGCCCAGAGUGCAGGACUUUAGUGGACUGCAGUGUUGAUGAACUUCCUAGCAAUAUUUUGCUGGUUAGACUACUGGAUGGCAUCAAACAGAGACCCCGAAAACCUGGUACUGGUGGUGGGACUGGUGGCACAAAUUCAUUAAGAGUCCAGAGCAAUGCUGUUGUUAAUUGUGGUUCAAAGGACCCACAGGGCUCUCAAGUUGGACAGCAGCAAAGAGUACAAGCACGGAGUCCCCCUGUUAGGGGUGUACCUCAAUUACCAUGUGCCAAAGCAUUAUAUAACUAUGAAGGAAAAGAACCUGGAGAUCUUAAAUUCAGUAAAGGUGACAUCAUCAUUUUGCGUCGGCAAGUGGAUGAAAAUUGGUAUCAUGGAGAAGUCAAUGGUGUCCAUGGCUUUUUUCCUACCAACUUUGUUCAGAUUAUUAAACCUUUACCUCAACCUCCGCCUCAGUGCAAAGCACUUUAUGAUUUUGAAGUGAAAGACAAGGAAGCAGACAAAGACUGUUUACCAUUUUCAAAGGAUGAUGUUCUGACUGUGAUUCGCCGAGUUGAUGAAAACUGGGCUGAAGGAAUGCUGGCUGACAAGAUAGGAAUAUUCCCUAUUUCAUAUGUUGAGUUUAACACAGCAGCCAAGCAGCUGAUAGAGUUGGAUAAGCCCUCAGGUUCUGCUGUAGACUCUGGAGAAGGUACCUCGGGGGCAGCCCACAACAAUUCAGUGCAAAAGCACACUGAUACCAAGAAGAACACAAAAAAACGACAUUCCUUUACCUCCCUUACCAUGUCCAAUAAGUCCUCACAGUCUUCUCAGAAUCGUCACUCAAUGGAAAUUAGUCCUCCUGUCCUCAUCAGCUCCAGCAACCCUACUGCAGCAGCCCGUAUAAGUGAACUAACAGGCCUUUCCUGCAGUGCCCCCUCUCAGGUUCAUAUCAGUACCACAGGGCUAAUUGUAACCCCACCCCCUAGCAGUCCGGUUACAACUGGGCCUUCAUUUACCUUCCCAUCAGAGGUCACCUACCAAGCUGCUCUUGGCAAUAUAAAUCCCCCUCUUCCGCCACCUCCUCUUUUGUCUGCCACAGUCAUUGCUUCAACAUCUUCAGGGCCACCUUCUGCAGGACUAGUACAAAGGCCUGUGUCUGGAUCAGCUGACCAAACAACACAUUUACGGCCACAGACUCGACCAAGUGUAUAUAUUGCUAUAUACCCAUACACUCCCCGCAAGGAAGACGAACUGGAACUGCGAAAGGGGGAGAUGUUUUUAGUGUUUGAACGUUGCCAGGAUGGCUGGUUCAAAGGAACAUCCAUGCAUACAAGCAAGAUUGGGGUUUUCCCUGGAAAUUAUGUGGCACCAGUCACAAGGACAGUGACAAGUGCUUCCCAGGCAAAAGUCCCCGUAUCCACUUCUGGCCAGACAGGACGAGUGGUAACCAUGGUCAGCCCUUCUGCAGCUAGUGGACCAUCACAGAAACUUCAGGGCAAUGGUGUGGCAGCUAAUUCCAGUGUGGUGCCAACUGCUGUGGUUUCUGCGGCACAUAUCCAAACAAGCCCACAAACCAAGGUUCUUAUGCAUAUGACAGGUCAAAUGACAGUCAACCAGGCUCGCAAUGCUGUUAGAACAGUUGCAGUACACAGCCAAGAAAGACCAACAGCAGCAGUGAUGCCAAUACAAGCUCAAAGUUCAACAUGUCUUAUCCCUACAGCUGUGAUCAUCCCCCACCAUUCUGUUGCUCCCCAGCAGCUCCAGCCUCAGCUCCCAAACACUGCUGCUUAUGUCACUGCUGUGAACAUGAACCGGGCAAACGUUCCACUGGCUUGUGCAACUGCUUCUUUAAACUCUCCCAGUGUCACUUCUGCAUCUCUAGAUGGAGACAUGAGUGGGAGAACUGUAACUGUUCACCCUGGGGCUCCUUCUUCUCCUGAAAAUGCUUUAGCAGUUGGUGGGAACUCUGCAGUCAGUAAACCUGAUGGAAAGAAGGAAAAGAAAGGGUUGCUGAAGCUGCUGUCUGGAGCAUCUACCAAACGCAAGCCCCGACUGUCGCCUCCAUCGUCACCAACAAUGGAGGUUGAACAAGCCACUGCAGAGCUGGCCCUCCAGGGUGCAGUAGGGCCUGAAAUUCCACCAAUUGUCAGCCAUGGCAAAGCUGGGUCCUGUCCUGUGGACAGUGAAGUCUCUGCAGCCAUGCAAGCCCAGGAGACUCUUCAUCGGAAACCAAGCUGUCUGGAUCCUAGCAUUCCUAUAGCUCCUCCCCCACGGCAGCCAUGCUCAUCACUGGGACCAGUCCUGAAUGAAUCUAGGCCUGUUGUUUGUGAAAGAUACAGGGUUGUGGUUUCCUAUCCUCCUCAGAGUGAAGCAGAACUUGAACUUAAAGAAGGGGACAUAGUUUUUGUACACAAAAAACGUGAGGAUGGCUGGUUCAAAGGCACACUGCAACGAAAUGGAAAAACAGGCCUUUUCCCUGGCAGCUUUGUAGAAAACAUCUGAGAAGAUUCAAUUCACCUUAUUUGAAAUGUACUACACUACAAAAUAGCACAAAUGUUUUAGCAGUAAGAGUGCCAUCAUGGAAAACAUUCAAAUGACUAAUAUAAACAAAAUCCCGUGCGUUUCUCCCGUGUCCUAUAGCACAAUUCUACCAGCGAACAAGGAAGAUGAAGGCAUCAGCUGGUUUUAUCACUUUGGAUCUUAAGUGUAAUGCGUGCCUUGUCCUGUCUGACUUAUUAUACUGAGAAACGUUUUUUCAAGUAUGUUACACAAAUGAACAAUUGUUUACAAGGCUGUAACUAAUUUAUUCUUGUUUUUUUUUUAAACUUGAAUUUUGUGUAGUAGCUAAAUCCUUGUGAUUAUGAUUUUAACAAAUUAUUAAUUUAUGAAAUGAUAGUUAAGGGGAAGCUGGAUUCUCUCCUUAUCAGCAAGCAAUUAUCUCAGCUAUAGCCUCCAAUUUAUACGCUAGAUUUCUUUCCCUCUCCCCAUCCCCAGCUGUGUACAACAAUGGAGUGAGUCUUUGUUUUAUGGCAUAACAUUGAGUUGUGGUGGUGGUGGUGGUGUGGUGUCAAAUAGAAAUUUGCAAACUGGGAAAAAUGGAAUUGUGUGUUUUGUUCUUAGAACAGAAAAUAUCAGUUGUUCUCAAGUCUAGUUCUACUCCUUAAUAAAUUACCCAAGCAAGCUAGCAUUUCUGGGAGGCAAAGGCAUAAUAGUGCAACUGAAUAAACUUCAGCAGUCUCAAGAAUGGAUAGGAAGAAACUAAGAGGAUGCCUGUAGCUUCUGUUUGUUCAAGAAUUUGACUUAACAAUGCUUAACUGUAUCUGGGGCUAGUUUGCCGGGCAUUUUGCACUCUCAGGAUAUAACUGAGAUAAGAAUGUUAAAGCCCAACAUUACAGCAAAUGAUAUCUGGGAACCACUUGUAGUUUGAUAGUUUGAAAAUCUGAAGUAAAAUUCAAGUUGUAUUCAAUGUCCAAAAAUGCCUAAUAAAUGUAAUUUGCUUCAUUUUCUUUUCAAUAUGAUCUGCAUGACCAAGAGAUGUUUAAAAUGUUUGAGCAAUAGUGGUGGUAAGUGAUGCACUUGUGUUAAAGUAAAAGGCUGUACAAGACACUGUGAAAACGUUACUAAUUUUUUAACCGUUGCUACUUUGGUACGUUCUGACUUCAUCAUUGUCUUGCAUGUGUUACUGAAUUUUCACAGUAAUAUCAACUGUGCAUUAUUUACAUUUUUCAUUCCAGUUUCCUGUUGUGGGUUAUUUUGAUCCAAAAGUUUCCCACAGCAGAGGAUGUCAAGGAUACUGGAACCCUCGUAUUGUCAAAAAGCCACUGACCAAGACUAGUGAGCGACUCCCCUCAACACAGUAGGUGUCCAGUGUUAAGAGCCAUUCAUAAAAUAUUUUACAUCCUCCCAGCUGAUAGAGACAAGGAAUGAGCCCUGCAAGAAUUGUGUUACUCUGUCACAGUUCUGUUUGAAAUUUGAUACUGGUGGAUACAUGGUAUACAGCUGUGACAGGAUCCAGCUUAGCUUGUCUUUUUAUAAUGUUACCCAAUUACAGCAGCUUCACUGUUGCCACUUGUGAAAUGCUGAACAGCCUCAACUCCCAUCAAAAUGAUAGGAAGCUGAGAACGCUCAGCACCUCACAGGAGAGGUGGCCACAGUACACAGAGAGAAGGGAUACAGCAGCUGGCAACAAGUUAAACCAUUGUCAUAAUUUUCUGAUUAAAAUGCAACUGAGAUUUUUAUUUUUAACAAUUGCAAAUGGAAAAAAAUGAUAAACAUUAACUGAAAGGAAUUUCUUGCAACAUCAGGUAGUGUCACGAUGGUCUUAAAGAAUAAAAUAUAUAUCUAUAAAUAUAUAUAGUUGGAGAUAACAUCACUCCUAAGUUAACAAUCUGAAACACUGUACAAUUCAGCUCUUGUGCUUUUAAAUGUUUUGAAAUAGUUUACUUGAAUAUUCAUGUAAUAUAUAAAGUUUUGUGAAAUGAAUUUUAGUUAGAAAGAAGCUGGUGUCAGCUUUCAUCAAUAUAAAUUGACACUAGUGUGUCAUAAUAUUCUUAUUUUGGGAAAUUAGUGCAUUUUAUAUUAAAGACUACUAAAGGUUAAUUUUUUCUAUCUCUAUUCUCCAUAUUUUAAAAUUACGUGACUAAGGUACCUCUAUUAAUAGGCUUUCAUGUUGUAAAGUCAGUUUGAAAAUCAGCUGUUAGUACAAUAGCUCUGUUAGAUGGGAUACAUUUUCUAUUGUUUUUUUUUUUUAAACAGUAAUAUUUUGUAACAAGGGCUUGUUACACACCAGUGCAACAAUGAUGAAAAAUGAAGUUUAUCAUGCCUUUUUGUGAUCUUUUUAGGGUUAAUUUUUGGUUUUUGGCUUGGGAGUAAUUCAAUGUAAACAUAGACAAACCCUGUGCAUUUGUUUUGUGUAAUUCCAUAAAGAAAUUUUGUAAAAUAGUUUAUGUCUAUCUUUGAGGUCUGGUAAAUGUUAAGUGUUUGAUUUACUAUAUUAAGUUCCCAUUCCUAAUAAAUAUUUUCAUAGCAAACAGCUGAAGUGCAAGUUGUGUGCACAAAUUCAAUAUAAAGUAUUUGUAACAAGUUUACAAAUAAAACUAACAAAACAAUUUCAGAAUUCACAGAAGGAUAUGUGCUUAUAAUGAAAAAAUGCUUCAAAUGUCAUGCAGUGCAUCGCAGAGACUUUUUUCAGACAGAAUAUAAUGCAGUGGUAGCAGUGAGGCUAGAUGACCUGACUGAUCUUUUCUGAGAAUAACUUUACUGCAAGAAGGCUGAUUUCCGUGCCAAUCUGAUCAGGCCCAAUUUAAAUAAGUUUAGAUCAGCCUGUCAGUGUAUCCUCAGGUAUAUGCAAGUUGUAAAAUGCCUUCCCUGGAGGAAAGAGCAUCUGACAUAUUUGGAUGAUCACCUUCAGAUUGUAGCUGCAGGGAUACUUUUAAAUUCUGUUGCAAAAAUUAUCAAAAACCAUAAGAGAAGAGGCAGCUAAAAUUGUUCUGUGUACUGUGAAUGAGGGAUGUGUUCCAGCAUUUGCUCUAUUUUUAGAAGCACUUGGAAAAAUGAUGCACCUAAAACAUGCUGCGAUAAACAGGACUUUGAAUGGCUUGGAAUGGAUUUACCAGCACUGCAUUAUUAAAGAGGAGUGAAUGUUUACAGAACGAGAGUAGUAUUAAUCACUGGAGUAAGUAGGUACGACUCCAUUGAAAUCAGGGCCUCCCCUCCAGUGAAUUAAGGGGUACCUUGUUGUGACCUCUUGUACCUGUACCUAUUUCUGUGUUCCCCUGUAGUUAUUCCCCCCUCAGUUUUGCAAGUACAUAUGUUACAUGCUGUUUUGUUCUUUGGGCAUUGAAGACAUACAGGUAGCUACAGGCAAGGGGUGGGACUUCAACCCAUAUUUAAUAGGUACGGCAAAUUCUUGUUUACACAAAUUGUGUCUACAAUGCAAAAUGCACUAUAAACUGAUAAAAAAGAGUAUUGUUUGCUCUUCAUGACGGGGAGAAAAAUAUGUUUUUAAUGGAGAAA